AUGGCCGGACGUACUACCCGCACCCGUGUCGCCGCUAGCACUGGUGGAAAGGUCCCGAAGGCGGUUGCCAAGAAGGCUGCUGCUCCGGCUCAGGCUAGAGGUGCAAAGGCUGCUGCAAAGCGCAAGACCGCAGCUCCUGCUCGCAAGGCCCUGGUGGUGUCUGCCACUAAAGGGAAGACUGUCCGUGGCAAGGCAGCGAGGGCCAUUGACAGCGACGCCGAGGAAGGCUCCGACGAGUCCGACAUCCAGACAGAGUCCGACCUUGGCAUGGAGGAGGCUGCUGCUGACAACACCUCUGACAACAAAAGUGUCUCUGCGGAUGUCAUGAUGAUCAGCGAUGACGAGGAAGACAGCCGCCAGGAGGUUGAGCUGACCCCGAAGAUUGGACGCAGCCGUGCUGCCAAUUCUAGCCCGCCGUCUACCCCAAAGACUCCGUCGCCUGUCAAGGCCGGUCGUGGCAGAGCCGUCAAGCCGAAGUCCACCCCUGCUAAGCAUGCCAAGCAGGUGGACUCUGAGGACUCCGAGGAUGAAGGAAUCUCUCCUGUGAAGAAGGUUAAGACGGCGCUUGCCCCGGGCAAGCAGAGUUUUGUCCCUCUCCCCCGCACGCAGACCAUCAGAGCCCAGAUCGCUGCUGAAAGGGCUGCCGCUGAGAAGGCCAACAAGAUCAUGGUUGACAAGGACGUCCAGACCGAGCUGAGCGGCAGUGCGGACAGAAAGGUUCAGACCAAGCAGCGCAGCAGUGUCAAGGUGGUGAUCCCCAUGCGUAAGACUCCUGGCAAGUCUAAGAACACGCCCGUCAAGGCCAGCAACACUGGCAAGGCUGCGAAGACGUCUAAGGCCCCGAACUCUGACUCAUCGGUGUUCACCCGUGAAACUGACGACAAGGACAAAGCGCGCCUUCAGCGUCGUCUGUUCACCGACCAUCUUCCUGAGCCCCUGCGCACCAUUCAGGAUCAUGGGAGCAGCAAGGACACCGCAAACAUGUCUUCUCUGGACAGCGGAGAAGAGGAGGAUGAUGCUGCCAUGGAAGAUCUCGCAGAUGACGUCACCAACAAGCUUGUCCUUGAUGUUGACAACCCUGACGUUGUGGAUGAAGCUCUCAGGGACACGUACCAGGGCUUGCCAGUAGUGCGAUUUUGUGAGGCUCUCACCGCAGACGGUUCCCUCAUCAGCACUGUUCCGUACACGCAAGGCCUUGUCAACAAGCAUGACGUGAAUCCCAGUGCUCUGAAGAGACUGGCCACCUUCAGCAAUGAUGGCGGCUACGUCAUCAACCCUGCGCGCUUUGACCCUGCCAAGGUCACCUUGAGUACGUUUGGCCAAAGUGCUAACAAGGUGCUCUCCUGGAAGCCGCAGUCGGGGCAGCCUGCCCGGGCUAUCUGCAUGACCAUGGGCUUCGUCUUCACCUGUAAUGUCGUCUUCCCGACGUUGUUUGGAAAGCAGCA